UGACUUUUAUCAAUGGAGUGAAGACGUUUGUUGUGAGAUUUGUUUCCUAUUAUUUCGCCUUCCGUCGUUUAAUUAAUUCUGUGUGAUGUAAAAUAAAUAGAUAGGAAACAAAUCUUUUUUACUUUACCAAAAGUAGCGCUCGAGAUUUUUUUCUAAGUGUCUAGAUGUAGUUUUAGUAGAAUGUUUUUCGAGCGUAUAUUGUUGUCUGUGUUCUGCCUUGGAAUAAAAGCCUUCCCCCUGGCCUCAGCCGAGGAGGUGGAGAUCAGGGAUGUAGCUGCAGACAAGGGUACUAAUGUGACCAUACCUUGUGGCAGUCUGGACAUUGUACCACUGCCCAAUGUGCAGUGGGUGCACCGGGGCAACCGGACACACCAUGAAGUUUUGACCGACGGAAGUUUACUCCUUACAAACAUAGGCGUAGAUGAUGCGGGCUUGUACGAGUGUUCAGUAGAAAACGAGACGGCGUACGUCGACAGAGUCAACAUUACUGUGCGGACGGAGCCGCCACCGCUGGUGAACGUGACAGUCCACGCGUCCACGAUCCUGGCGCUGAUCCUGUGGAACGUGGCCGGCGAUGGCGGCCAUCCUAUCAUAGACUUCACCGCACAGUACCGUUCGGCUGCACCUGUGAACGGCAGCCUGGAGCCAUGGAGACCAAUCAGUCCCAACCACAUCAGUCCUAAUUCGCGCCAAGUAGACGUGUAUCACCUAGAUACGAACGCGUCGUACUGGUUCCGAGUGUGGGCGACCAAUGCUCUGGGGCCUGGCCCUCCGGUAGAGGUGCUUGCCACCACCCUGUACAGCGACCAGGAGGCUGAGCUGUACAAGCACUUCUUCAGCGGCGCAGAACAGUUCGACACGCGCACGUGGGUGGCGGCCGUGUGCGUGGUGAUGGGCACGCUGCUGGUGCUGGCGGCCGGCACGUGCGCCGUGCUGUGCCGCGAGUGGCGUCGACACGACUACUCCGACGAGCCCGACGUCAUGGAGCUGGUGCCCAACAUCAUCCUCAACCCCGGCUUCAUGGAGAUGGAGCCGCUGGGCCGCUCGUCCCACAUCCGCGCGGCCGGGUGUGUGGGGCCCGGGAAGCCGAGGCGCGUUUGAUUUUCGUCAAUACUUAACCUUAGGAUAUUCUAUCGCACCGACUCCGGCCUAUUGUCAUGAUCGUGGCCUCAUGACGGAACUGUGGUGGUCGAUAAAAGCGUUCGCGUUUGGACCAUUACCAAUUCUGAGUGUUCUAUGUGAAUACACUACUGUGUGACGGCUGUAGAUUGGCAGCUACUUUGUCAUAUGUCAUUUGCAAUAUUAAAACAGUGAUCAAAGCAUUCCAUGUUAGACGUUAGAAUGUCUAUGGAAAACCAGUAGUUAUUCAAGUAUGCCUCAUCAAAUGAAUUGGUAAACUACGCGCGUGCAAGUUCAAUUAACUGCUUAGAAAACGCUUUCAUUCCAUCACAGGGUCUGUAACGCCAAAAUGUAUAUUUUGGAAGGAAAGGAGUCCGUUUUUAUAUCGCUUAACUUACCCCAGUGAUCAAAUAAUUAAAUAUGAAUAUUUAAAAAUCUGAAUUACACCAGUGCAAUAAUGUCUAGUCAUUUGCGAUAUUAUGUCAUUUAGAAUGAUCGAAAACCAAAGAAAAUAUUAUUUUAAGCGAUUAAUAAAAACGGCUCCAAAACGUAGGAUAAGGAUGGACAUAUCAAAUGCAUGAAUUUCGUUUCGUUAGCCGAUCGGAGCGAUAGGGUAGCCGGGUUAAUGUGCGCUCGAGUUUCUCACAAGUUGUGGCGAACUAUACCUAUACCCCUUGUAUAAUGCCCGUAGACUCUAAUGUAUAUUUGUAAAUCUGCAUGUCAAUUAUAAAUGUAUAAAACCUCCGUAUACGUAUGGCAGCUGUCAAACGCCAGUGGCGAGCUGUCAAAAUGGAAUGACAGUAUUUUAUCAUUCGCAGUAGAUGGUUUUUAAUCUGUGAAUUGUAGUUUGAGUAGUAGUUCAACUUAUGAGAAACAGAGUCGCGUUUAAAGCAAAUAAUAAGCUUUUAACUAAUCACUGAGAGAGAUCAUUCUAGUUUUGUAAGCGUUUCGUGUUUAACCGUAGUGGUGGUUGCCAUAUACAAAAUAAGAAUUUGUAGUGUUCGCUAUAUAAUAUUGUACACAUUUGUUUCUAAGAACUGAUGCUUGCAUUUACUUUUUAUACAUUUACACAUGAUCGCCGUAAGUCUGACACGGACGCUUUAUUUUGUAAUUGUAUCUUAUGAGGGUGGUAACAUUUAACCGCGUAGAUCUAAUAAUUCAAAUAUAAUAAUACUCUAGAAAAAAAAAUCUCAUAAAAGUAAAUCAAUAAAUAUCGUUACUUCUCCCUUCAAAAUAUUACUUCAGCAGCUGUGUGCUACCAUUCUUAUAAAAUAUUCUCCUUUCUGGCAACCCCAAAAUCUGAUUGAAACUUUUUUAGAAAACAUAUUGCUUAACGUUCAAUAUUGUUAAUGUUGCUAGCUAUAGUGAUAGUAUAUUUUUAAUUAUAUAUAUUUUGCUAUAUUUUAGAUGAUAUUUUUAUAACGGGGAUCUCAUGUAUUUAAGACACUUAACAAUUUAAUAUAAAUAAUGUCGGUUUAUUUUCAAAUUUUUGUGAUUUUAAACGCUGUGAUUAUUAUGUUUUUCUUAUAAUUGGUUGGUUUUGUAGUUAAGGUAAUGGAUAAGUGUAUAUAUUUUGAUAUAUAUCGUAUGGAGACUGGUGCAAUGGUAUUGAGUAAUAUAGUUAGUAUAUAUGUAGUGGCGUAAAGUAAGCUUAUCGUGAGCUCGCCGUAGCGUAGCGACAGACACUGCUUUAUUGAAGGUUAUAUAAUAAAUGACAAUAUGGUAGUGGUUGUAUAUUAUCUGUUAUGUCCUGCGACACUUGAAGGCAAUGAUGCGAAAGACUGUUCCGCUUUGUGAGUAUAAACGGCAUCCUCUUAGCUGUCAGUUUGACGUUUGGUGUUUGACAGCUGUCAAAAUUGGCGGUUGUUUUGUAUUCAAACGUAGAUUGAAAAUCAGCGAAAAUGUCGAUUACUCUCACACAGGGGAAUUACAAACUGUCGUGAUGAACAAAUAAAUUAAAUUUACGUAAGAUCUUCACGUGCUCUCGCGACAGAAUAUAAAAUAAGUUGAUAUAUAACAUUGUUGUGUAAGUGUAGAGCUGUUUAUUUUUGUAUACGGCCUGUAUACAUAUCAGGGAGCCUUAGGAUGUACAGAGAUAUACAUGUUAUUAUAUAUUACGGAUUUUAACUUCCUUCCAAUCUGUGUACUUGCACGCUUAGACACAAUUAAACCUCUUUUCGCUUAAUAUGUAAACUACCUAACUUAAAAUUGAUAAAAUAUAUAGUAGAUAAAAUUGGUAUUAACAAAAAAUACGUAAGUAAACUUUAAAAUGUAUAAUCUUACCGCAUAAAUAAAAUUUAAACUUAACCAUAUAAAUAUUGAGGUAUAUUCUAGAUAUAUUCCACUGCCAAGAAUUCUCCCUUAAAUAAAAUCCUAAGCGUGCAAGUAAUUUUCCUUUCUUCUAAGCUCAUUGCCUUUCUGUGUUCUCACUACCUUCCAUAACUGUUCUUGCACUCAAAUACAUACAAAGUAUAUUAUAAAUAUUAACUAAAUAAUAGUUAAAAAAUCUAUCGAAAGAAUUAUACUUGAUUGAAUGGGUUUCAGUAUAAACCUUUUUGAUAUAAAGUAUGUAUAUUUUACCAUCGUCGUAUUCUGUUAUAUAUAAUUUUGUUAUUUAUUGUGUAUGUUAUUUGUGUUGAGGUUUGUACUGAAGUCCCUUCAAUAACUAUUUAACGGAUAUUCCUACCGCGUUGUGCUCGCUUCAUAAACGAAUAGUGUUUAAGGAUUGGGGGCUCCGCACUCACUACAUAUUUCUAGAAAGAAAAUAAUGUAUCACAGUUUGAAACAUAAAUUAUAUUGUAUGGUUUUAGAGGGGGAUAAUCCCUAAAAAUGAAUCUUGAAUUCGAUUAUAUUAGGCCACAAAACUGCGCAUCGCAAUACCGAAACUUAAUGCUGAAAAUGACUUCAGAAGAGUUCCGUUAGCUAGACAAAAGACAUCUUGGAGUCUUGGCUAACCACGUUGGUUUUAGGAGCAUCUUAGGUAUUAUUCUUUAUCUUGAAUGUAGUCUCAAUGUGUGGGUUCGGAGCCCCAACAGUCGACUAUGUCCGUCUUGCGUAUCAAUGUGCUAUCGUGUCAAUUAAGUGUGACUUGCAUCCGUUUGUGUUCGUCGUGUCUCCUGAUUGCACCCUCACACUUUAUUCUUAAAAUUAUACUUAAGCGACUGUGCGUUUGUGGUUCAAUCUACGGGUUCCUUUCAAACAACAUGUUUUUCUUACCUAAGUAAAAUGUAUAAAAAAUAUUCAAAAAAUAUAUAUUUUUUUAAUAUAAAUUGGUUAUAAAUUAAUACUAUAUAUACUUGGUUGUUGUGCGGCAAUUUUAUUGUUUUUCUAGGCUAAUCGGGCCGCAUUUUCCAAUACCUAGAUUUAUUUUAUGUAACCGCAAAGUUAAUCAUAAAAUAAUUAGCAACAUGCCUAAUAUUAAAUAUAAUAAAAAUAAAUUGUAUUAUUGUAUUGUAUUAUCUUCGACCCAUUAGUUUAAACCACAAACCACAGUCGUGACGAGUAUGCACCAUUCUACCUACCCAGCUCUUCCUUUCAAAGUAUAUUUAUUAACAAAUUCAUAUUUUUGUAUCGAAAAUCAAUUAUUUACAACCGUGAAAUUGUGUUGUGAGUCAGAACGCAAGAAGUUUUAAUACGUACCUAAAUGUAAUAUUGAUAUUGUCUUUCCUAGACCCGUCCUUACGAGCGUGAAAUCUAAGAGAAAGCGCACAUUACCGAUUUGUGUAUUCUAACAAUAUUCUAAAAAAUCUUCAACUGGAUAUUUAUGAAAAAGAAAAAGAGUAUUUUCUUCCUUUUUUAAAGUCGUUAAAAAAAAAAUUGUAGGUAAUGUGUGCUCUAUCUCAACUACAUAUUAAUCUUUCUCUUCUACUUGAAUCUCAAUGUAUUCGCCAAUACAAUGACCAGAAUAUGUGUAACUACAUAGCAGCUUGUAGUUAAACGUUGUCUUUUAGAUAAACUGCAAACUGGUCUGUUUUCAGGGUUUAUGCAGAAUUAUUUACAUAAAACUUUAUAAAUAUUUAGUAAAAUAAUAUUUGGUGAAGAAAUAAAAUACCUUUUCUCAGAUUGAUUUUGAAAAAAAAAAAUAUUUUUCUAAUUUUUUGUUUAAUAUUCUGCUGUAUAAAUAAAUAAAAUGUAAUUAAAUAAUUUUGCAUAUUCCCAAACAGCCUAGGCAACCGACAUCGCCUAAAGAAUGUGCGUAGCUUAGUAAUAAAUGGUUGUAGUCUAAGUGUUGUCUAGACUAGUUGUUGAACGCUAGCGUAGAAGCGCGGAGCGACAAGACUGCCAAGCGACGGGGAAAGGUAACAAAGUAAUUGGUUAAAAUUAAACUUUUUGCAUCAACAUCCAAGGUGUAGGGUGACUGGUAAAUUUGAUUGGAUACAACUUUCCCAAAGAAACUUAUUUUUAUGGUCAAUCACAAUAGCAAAACAACUGUCGGAAAAUUCGGAAAAAGUUCAAAGUUUGAAACAACUGGCUGAUCUCCUUACAUGAGAACAGCCGCCGUAGCCUAUAAUCGGCUAUUAGGACACCAUCAAGUUAUAGUGAUGAAAGUAAUGAGUAUAAAAAAGUUGCUUUGGGAAAGUUAUUUGUAAUCAUGAGCUAAAUCACGUUUUCAAUUACCAGUCACCCUAUAUGAAUAAGUGUGAAUAAAUGUGAUUUGAGAAUGGUUGUGACGACUGUCGUGCGACAAGCGGGUCGGUGCAAAAGUCAAGUGUGUUCGGUGUCUUAUGUGAACGUAGGAUGCGCAGAAAAUUCAUUAAAUAAAUUCGACAUGUUUUUUUAGGAGUUGUUCAUUGAAAAAUGGUGGAUUUAAUUGUCAUAAUUGACGUGUAAAAAUUAUUUGUAAUGUUUAGUGUAUUGGUAGGUCUAAGGAGAGCCACAGACCACUGCCAGGCGCACGAUUUUGCUAAUGUUAUUUUCUUUACUUUAUGCCUUCAUAGCGCAUGAUAAUUCUUCUGCAUACAGCUUGCUUCGUGUAUUUUAGAUUGCAUGAUACACUCGGUGUUCUGAUCGUUGGAAAACGUUCGGUGAAAAUAUAUAUAUUUUUUAAAAUAAAUUCUGAUCAAUUAACCCAGUAAUAUUAAUUGUUCGAAUGUCAAUUCGAUCAAUUAAUUGCACAGGGUACAAAAGCAAUGCAUGAGUAGAAAAAAAUGUGGAAAAUAUAUUUUUGUGGACUUCAUGUGAUUCUGUCUGUUUUCAGUUUUGUGCACUUGUAGUCAUAAUUCUCGUACAAAGACGUAAAUAUAUAAAUAUAUAUUAUAAAGGUCUAGUGCUAAUUGCAACGAUUCGUAUUGUUAUUGUAUGAAUCUUCGAGUAUUUAUAGGGGUAUGUUUAAGCUAAGGAUAUACUCAAAAACUGAUUACCAAUACCAAACUUUUUCGUGAUAUCAAGUAAAUGUACAGCGGAAUACCAGUGAUAGAUAUUUAAAAAUGUAUUAUUGACGGCCGCUUCCAAUAUUCUAUCUGUUGAUUUGCCUACUAGAGAUAUAAUUUUGACAUUAGCCUCAUACUGUCAAUUGUCAAAUUCCUAUGCAAAACAACACAUGGAUAAACAAUGGUGAUAACGUGGUGUAUAUCCUUAGCUUAACAACACAAAGCUAUCGGCAUAUAUAUCUCGACUUUACUUUAUAUUAAAGUAAUAAUUAUGUUAGGUUAAGAUUGCCUUUUAUAAAUUAAGCACGUCCAGUUGGUGAGGGCAGCGAAUUGUUUAGUUCUUCGCUAUUACGUAAGUUAUUAUAGAGGCACCAUAGAUAAAUAGAAGCAGGACGCCAUAUUGAAAAAAAAAAACUGGAAAAAUAUAUCUUUUGGCAAUAAAGAACUAUGUUCUAAAGAAAUAUAUCAUUUUAAAUUUAAACUUAUAAAAAUACAAAUGUCUUCCUAAAUUCAGUGUCCUCAAAAGUUCUGCAAAUAUUUAUUUAUUGUGUCAAAGUGUUACCAAAUAUUGUUUGUUUAUGCGCAUUCCUAUUGUAAGACUAGUUAUUUAAAACAAUGUAUUCCAUAGAUCUGCACAUGAUGAUAUUAAUUUUAAAAUAUUCGCCUCUGUCUUGAU